UGAAGAGAUAGCUUCAGACACAUUUAGCUAGCUCCAACGACGUGCUGUAGAGAACCCAAGCGACCGAAACAAAGCACCCACACCACAGACCAGUGCGAGCUAUGGAGGGUGGCACUAAUCCUGAUGCGAAGCGGGCCCGUACUUCCGCGGACGGAGGCCAAACGAACUAAAAAAAUACAGCAGCAGCGGCGGCGGCGCUCUAUCCUGCGGCAGGCUGCAGCAGCGGAGGCGCCGCCGCCGCCGCGGCGGCACCCGGCUCCAUGACCGCACGCUCACGCGGUGCUGCGCCGGAGGGCGAACCCGAUCCAAUCUUUGACGACCCGGUGGUGGGGGAAGAGAUCGAGGGCUUGAUGGGAGACCCGCCCAGCCGUGGGCGAUGACGAGGAGCUUGCUGCCGUUCGAAAGCAUGCUAUCGAAUCCCCGGAGACUGUCCGGGCUUUCAUCAAGGAGCGAGCGAGGAGCCUGGCGAUCGGAGCUGGCUGCCCCCACUCCCUGCCCCUCGUGACUUGGAAGGACGACCCAGCUUCCGCCGUGACAUGCGGGAAGCAUCAGGCGCAUCUGAUUGGGAACGUCGACUUGCAGACGGUGCUCGAAAGGCAACUCAAGUUGGACGGCGAUCCCGGAUACUGCCUGGCGAAGAGGGUGCGAAACCAGGUGUACUACGAUACCUCCACCGAUCUGCUCGCCAAAGGAGCCGGGAAUCAAUGCACUGCCGCCGAGUGCAUGGUCGCUGCUUUGAAAGUGUUCUCGGGGAAGGGAAACAAAGGCAUACCGACCGAGAUCGUGCGCGCCAUGUGCAUGUAUUAGUGUCACCUCCUGGCUGCUGUUGCUAGUGAUAGCGAGUGGCUUGUGGCGGCAUUAUUUAGCGUGUUAGAAACUGGUGGGGCAGGGGGUUAUGUAGAGACGACUCACCCGCCCGUGCACCACGCAGCAGAUGCUCGUGGUUGGGACUAGAAUUCAGUCGGCAGUUCUUUUCGUUUAGAGGGUUGUUGGGGGCGUUUUGAACGGACGGACGCCGUGUUGUUUCAAAUGUUGAAAUGCAUCGUCAUUUUUUGGGUUGCGAAGCAUAACGACGGUGUGUGGGGGGGGGUGGGGGGGGGGGGGGGGGGGGCGUCCUUUAGAACUAUACAAGUAUAAUGUUUUAGCUGCUGGUUUGCACGACUGAAAUGCACCCUUUGUUUUCGAGUCCCAUCAUCAAUUGUGCCGCUGCCUUCAAGAUAGAUCUGAAUGCACCUUUAUUUUAUCCGAAACAUCUCGGAGGGGGAAGGGACCCUUUCGAAAGAUAGACCACAACGAGGUGGGAGGGAUGUGCCCACCCGUUUGUAUUUUUGGAACACGGCUACCAACCCCUCCUUGUACGUAUCGAUUGAGCACAUAUAUGUGCGGUUUUUUCUGCCCACCGCGUUUAUUUUUUUUCGUUGAAGAGGUUGAAGGGUGAUCCUCCCUCCCUCACGUAUGUUUUUUCACACGACUACCGAUCCUUCCUUGCACGUAUCGAUGGACCACACAGAGGUGGGCGUGUUUAACCGUAACCCUAACCGUAACCCUAACCCUAAAGGCUAGGCCCACUUCCGGAGCUACCCCCGGGAAGAGGAACGGGGAUGCUAACGACUCGAGCCGUACGUAUUCCCAGUCCCCGAUCCGCACAGACUCCUGGCAACGGCGGCACUUGAUUUGUUUUUGAACAUCCUCCAGAAACUCGGCGGUUUCCUGGAAAAACCGUACCGGGUCGACCCCUUCGGCAGCGACGAAGGGCCGCCCGACUGGAGGUUCUGUAGUCCGGAACUACAAGAGAGUAUUUGCGCGCGAAGAUGCGGAAGACGAACGAGACAGGGAGGGGAGCACGCUUAGCCGUGUACCGGAUCACCGUCCUGACAAAGGAACAGAAGGCCUAUCCUAAUUUGUCACUUGUGGGGAUGUCUGCACUCCUACUCGAAAUGAAUUCCAAGACGGCGCUCACAAAUAUGGUCCCUUGGGCUCUGCGCUCAUGACGUAGCUGAGAUGGGAGGAUUGCCUCAGCGUCAUCUGUACCGGGCCGACCCCAAGCAAGCACCAGUGCGUGCGGUUACGAUAUUCCCGCCCGAUCAUGCCGUGCGCUCGUAGGAACAGGCUAUAGUUGUGGUUCUUCUGCCGCCUGAUUUUAGCAGUUCCAACUCUCAGGAUUCGUCGUACGUCCUCCACGUUUUCAUCGAUGAGUUCCGCAAGAUCCUCCACGGCCAUCCAACAGUUGUGCGUGUUCACCCAACACAUCGUCCGAAACACUCGAUCCCUGGCGAUUGUCCCGCUGCGCAACACGACGAGGUUCAUGCGCGCGUUCGAUCGGAAAUGCACAUGUGGCAUGUGAAUUAGCGAAAUAUAUGUCCCAGACGCCUUGAUGUUUCGAGAUAGCCCGAGCAACUUCGCGCGACAAGCCCGGGAAAACCAUUCAGAAACCUUGAACUAUAUCCAACACGUUCCGUUGACUAUCCGCGCCUGGCUGACAUUUUUACCAUCAUUAUGGCGUUUUUCCACCGGCGGCCAGAGAACCGCGCUCGUUUUUCGUGUAGAAUGCAGAAACGCACCGGUUGUAUUUCUAUUUCGGACGCAAAUAGUCUAACAAAUUGCAUGUUCGACUGUCUGUCCCAGAUCACGCGGUACGAAUCGUACCUCCAUUCAGCAUCGCUCUGAACUGCGUCGCUCCUCCGGGGUGGAGACCCGGACAUUCCGUCGCCACCCUGCCCGACCUCGCGAACGUCCAGUGGAUCCAACAAAUCCGAGCCAUCGCAGGAUAACACAUCGCUCUGUUCCUCGAUCUCCCCCUCUUCAUCAUUCUGUACGCCAACAACACCAGAUGCCAGCUCACCCUCUGCCUCCGAGCCACCGCGGGAUAACACACCAUUUUGUUCCUCGGUCUCCAUCCAAUCGUCACCCUCUACUCCUACAACACUAGAUGACUUACGCGGGACACCGAGCUCGCCCUCUAUCAUUCCAUCUGCGCUGAACUCCCCUCUCUCGCUUUCGGGGGAGGCAGGUCGGUCAUCCCUAGUGGAUUUCUGGAAGUUGUCGGGUCGAGGUUCUCCCCGCUCGCGAGGCUCCCCUAUGUCGGCGUGCUUGGAGCCACCCCAUGGGGGGCAAACGCCCCCUUCGCCCCCAGUUACGGCAACAUAGUUUUCCUUGAAGUGCAUCCCCACCGACGCCAAAAGCUGAAGAGGUCUCGACAGAUUCGUUUGGCGCCUCGUGCUUCCAAGCUCUUUGGGCUCUACCGAUCCUAGAAAUUGCUGAAUUGCACCUAGUCGCCAGCCAACCAUUUUCUCGACGCCACCGUGUCUUAGCCAACAACCGGCCGGUUCUAUACGGUUCAACCCUCUCUGGACUUCGACUACCGUCAACGGUCGGUUAUCCGUUGUAGAUGCGUCCAUCAUGUGGGUCUGGACAAAGAAUGCGAACGCGCGCGACGCGGCGGGUGGUGUCCUGCCUUAUCUGUCCCGACGGUAAUCACGCCGGGAAAUUUCCAGUCUAAAUCCCUAUUAAUAGGCAUAUUUACUGCUGUAAAUUCCGCUUAAAUGGAAAACGCUGUUUCUCCGUCGUUUAUGAUCAGACUCUGGUUUUGGGACAUUCAUACGAAAGCUAUGGGUCAGGGCCAUCUUUUCGAAGCGUCAAAAAAAAAUGCACAGUACUUGCACUAUCUAAAAACGCCUAUAUGUGCAGAAAAACGCACACUUUUGGGAGCCAGUACACCGAAACCGAAAUGUUGAAGGUUUGGCAACCGAACGCACCAAAACUCUUCGGAGGGCGUUGCAUGGUCACAGACUACCUAUAUCAGUCGCCUUUUGCACGGCGCCUCAUGUGUACAGCUUUUCCGAUCGGCUUGACCGCCCCUCAGCACCCCAUUUGGCGGAAAUCAUGUCCUCAUUUCCAGAGGGUGAGGAAACACCGACGCCGACACGUUCCUAAACUUCUGCGGGCACUGCACGACCGUCACACAUAUGGAGCACACCCUCAGCGUGCGAGUACGUGAGUUC